GAGGCAUUUUACUAGUACGAAUAUUGCUACAAAUCAAGAGGGCAAAGUAUGGGACUCACACCAGCUCGAAUUAACUUGAGCGCUGCGUCUGCUGCCGCUGCUGCUAAACCCGGUGCUAGGAAUUCCACGUGCAGCUGCCGGAAUAAUGGAAAACACGAUUUAUAGGCAGAGCCCAAGUGUAACAUUGCUUGAUUUUGCAGGUCCACAGCCAUACUCCCAGCAAAAUAUGACAAGCCUUUCCAGAUUUAGUGGCUGCCCUCUUUCUUACGUCUACCCUGGGGAGAGCAAUACUGAACCCAGCGUGGUGCUGCCACCUUUGGCCGGGGAACACAUGGGACACCCCACUGGCAGUUCCUUAAAACUCGGCCCCUCGCACAGUUUACGAGACUAUCCCGAGGCGAGGUCCACUACUUAUGUUGGUUACUCUGUCCCCCAAACUAUAGAUUUUGGAUACACCAGCAGCCAACGCUUAGUACACCAUAGCGCUAGGAAUCUUACCAGUGGAGGAGAUCUGUCUGGAUCAAACAUGCCACCAGUUACUGAUCAACUGGCGACCAGAGCUUCCCAACAUGGUAUUAUGGGAAGGUACCGUGACCGUUCCAACUUUAGAGAAGGCAGAAACUCCGCUUUCUUCACCGCCUUCCAGGAGCAGGCCCACAGCUCAACUGGCGAUUCUCGGGACCUCAAUGGCCAGGUGAUGCUGGGUUUUCCAGGGGAGUUAAUUCCCAGGUCCAACUCUUACAACCAGUCAGUUGGCAGCUCCAGGGGCAGCAGGCAAUUUGUCACUCAGUUUCUCAGCAGUUACAAACCGAUGAAUAUGACUAUACAGAGGGGAGCUGCCGCAGAGUUCUUCAGGUGCUCUAUGCAGAACAUCAAACAGGAGCUGACUUGCAAGUGGACUGACAGCAAGGAGACGUCUGGCGGGAAGCGACCCUGCUCGAGGACAUUCGGCACCAUGUACGAGCUGGUCACCCACGUCGCGAUGGAACACGUCGGGGGACCCGAGCAGUCCGACCACGUCUGCUACUGGGAGAGCUGUGCCAGGGAGAGGAAGCCCUUCAAAGCGAAAUACAAACUGGUGAACCACGUCAGAGUACACACAGGGGAAAAGCCCUUCCCGUGUCCCUUUCACGGCUGUGAAAAAGUUUUUGCCAGGUCAGAAAAUCUCAAGAUCCAUAAGAGAACUCAUACAGGUGAAAAGCCGUUUAAAUGUGAAUCCGAGGGCUGCAGUCGGAGGUUUGCUAACAGCAGUGACCGGAAGAAGCACUCUCACGUCCACUCCAGUGAUAAGCCUUAUAUGUGUAAAGUCAAGGGGUGUGAAAAGUGUUACACACACCCCAGUUCUCUUCGCAAGCACAUGAAACUUCACUGCAAGGUUGACACGAAUAAAACAAGUGUGGAAAAGGAGCAGUGCGAAGCACGCAGAUCCCCUUCAUCAUCGGACCGAGAAAGCGAAUCCUUGUCAAACGCUCGGUGUGCAACUGCCUGUGGCGCACCAAGACGAGACUCCCCCUCCCCACAAAUUCCAAGCGGCUCUUCUGCGGGGCCUCGUUUCCAUUACGAGCUCGGUAACUGUUUGGACUUUUCAUCGACUUCGAAGCCAGUGUUCUUGCAAAGAACUGAGCCGUCAUUGUCUACUAACACGCCCUGCACAACACUGGUCCAAAACCCACAGGCUAGGAACUUCCAGUCUCAAGGCGCGUCAUCUUUUGACAAGAGUAUAACCCACGGCUGGUAUACCUGUCACAGUGCCGUGGAGACCAGUGCCUCGAAACAUUUCAACAGCGGCAUCUCUUCUGCAGAAUAAAACUGGGCAGAAUACAAAACACAUUCGAGUUAACACUAUUUGUAAAUAUAUUGUGUGUGUUUUUGGUGUUUAAAAAAAAAAACAGACAAACAAAAACAAAAAAAAAAACAACCCGUUGUUUGUAAUUUGUUAUUAAUCUGCUUUAAAUUGAAUAUGUAAUGUAUAGUAAAUGAAUUUGAAUAUAAGAAAAUUAUGAUGUCCUAUUUGUUAGUGGUCGUCGACCCCCUCAAAAAAACAAAACAAAACAAAAAAAAGAUAUGCUCUCGCAUUUCGUAUUAUCGGAAUUUGGGAUGACGUGUAUAUUCAUUUUAAAAUGAGACCGAAGAUGACAAAGGCAUGGUAUGUGUUGUAAUAUGUGUUUGAUGUUUGAGAUCUGCAAUGAGGGAUGCGGCACAUGUUCCCCAUGAAAAACAUUUUAUAAAAUUAUUUAAAGAGGGAACUAGAGCUUUUUUUUAAAAAAGAGCUCUAUUACAAACAGCAUCGUCUUCUCUCUAAAAUGUAUUAUUGGCCAGACCUGAUAUAUAUUAAGUGCUCAAAAAUAAACCUAUUUGUGAGAAAUGUGUUUUGUGUUGUGUGUUUAGUUACAAAGGAAAAAAAAAAAGAAAGUUUGUCUAUUUCUGUGCAGAACACUCCAAAUCGUUUUGGAGUCUCUGGUCUAUUUGUUUUCUAACCCUGCUGUUUAAUGUAGAGCUAAAACUCUUGGUGUCAUUCUGCUUUGCUGGAAUUCACAAUUUCCCAGUCUAGAUUCUACCCAUUUUUUCUACUCCGCUUCAUGGUUGUUUGAACUGGUUUUGUUUCAUCUUUGGUAUUUACCAAUAACAAUUUGAAUUCACAAAGUAAGGAGUGCAGGAAACAAAAACAAAAAACAAUAAUAUGUCACAGAUACGCCUAGCCAUGCAUUACAUGACAGGGUGCACACAUGAAAACACUUUGAAAACGGUGUAGAAUAGUAGAAUAUGAUGCAGGGGGAAGGGAGGGUGGAAUUAUAUGCAUGCAGUAUAUGCUCCUGUUUAUUACCUGUGCCUUAUUAUGUGAUUCUGUAUGUGAGGACGCAGAUUUUAAAGUUAUUUGAAGUCGAUAGAGAAUACAAGACACUGCCUCUGAAGAGCAUUAAGACAUUUAAUUAAAAAUGCUAUUGUAUGUACAAUGCAAUUAAUUAUGCAUACUCUCGUUCAUUAAAGUGUGCAUAUUCCCUUUGAUCUGCCGAUAUGUGCUAAAACGAAGCCCAAUAUAUUUUGAAACCCAGUAUAGUUACAGUACCAGAAGUGUGUUUACUUCGGCUUUAUUAGAUUUUAGUGGAUUAAAUUCAGAUGCCUUGAAUUACAUAUGCGCGUUUAAUCAAAUGCAAUGAACUAACUAUAGGAAAAAUGCGUGUUUGCAAAUAGAACGAACUCAAUCUAGGUCCACCUUUCAAAAGAAAUGGAAUGCACUUCAUUUUAAUCGUUUAUUAGAACCCUGUUGGAAUAUGAUAACGAUACAUUAAUUCAGGGAGCAGGCCUGUGCAGCGUGUGCUGAAGUUUUCUCUGUAAUGGCUACUUUUCGGGGGGAACCUAACAUGGAUACAAUUAUGUUAAAUAUGGCUGUUUUAAUACUGGGUUGUUCCUGUGGGUUGUAUGGCUCGGGUAAUGACUGUACACAAGGUCUCAGUGAGACACUAGCGUGCGAGUCUUUUGAAAUCAUUGCAGCUCCACGUUAUGGAUUGUCCAGGAGCCGGUAUUGAGCUUCACUGAAAGCGAACGCCUAGUAUAGGUUCCAAACCCGUCCCGACCCACUAGACUGCUUUCAUCAUGUUGGAAACGAUUCUAUAGAUCAUACUGAGACUGAGGCCCAAUACCUACAAGUCACCAUCCCAUUAUACCUGUAUAUAUUGGCUACGUCAAUAAGGGAUAUAUUUGACCUGAAUUGAGAAUCAAACGACUUUCCUGCCAUACAAAUUUUAAAUUUCAACAAAACACACACUUCCCACGCAGGCACCACACACACACACACACACACGCACACAGGCACAAACAUA